UUUUAAUUUAAUUAAUUGAUCAGAGACAACCAACUCUCUGAAUUGAUGAUCAUUUGCAUUCGAAGUGUAGUUGCGUAUAGGUUGUAGCUAUUUGUUUCGUUUUAUUUAGUAGUGUUUUCGAAGUUUUAGCUAAUUAUAUACAGUAAUUUAUAUCCUAUUACCAAACUCAGUGAAAGCGCCUACGUCUUCUUUGGAAAUAAAAAAUAUGACUGAAGUUGCAGCUCAGAUAAACUCUGGAGAGAACAUUGAAAAUGUUAAACGUCUGAAAGCUAAUCUAAAUUUUUGGUCUCCUUUGAAUGAUAAUUUCAAUGUUCCUGACAAAAAGUCUGCCUGCACGUGGCACAAAAAUGCCAACAGACAAUCAACCCCUCAUUCUACAAAAGAUUGGAAACGAACUUCUAAAAUACUCCCCAAUGCCUUGGCUGCUAUUGGAAAUACCCCAAUGAUAAAACUGAACAAAAUCCCACAGGCUGAAGGUCUAAAAUGUGAAGUAUAUGUAAAAUGUGAAUUCCUCAAUCCUGGUGGAUCGGUGAAAGAUCGAAUUGCCUUCAGAGUUGUUGAAGAUGCCGAGAGACAAGGUUUGCUCAAACCUGGGUCCACCAUCAUUGAACCAACAUCUGGCAACACUGGAAUAGGUUUGGCAAUGGCAGCAGCUGUUAAAGGAUACAGAUGUGUCAUCGUCAUGUCGGAGAAGAUGUCGAACGAGAAAGUUUCAGUUUUGACAGCUCUUGGCGCAGAGAUUGUGCGUACUCCUGUAAAUGCAGAUUCGAAUUCAGCGGAAGGAAUGUUCGGGGUGACACACAGAUUGAGAAAGGAAAUACCUAAUUCGGUCAUUUUAGAUCAAUAUUCUAAUCCUGGCAACCCCCUAGCUCAUUACGAUACCACUGCAGAAGAAAUUUAUGAUCAGUGUGAUAAGAAAGUGGAUAUGAUAGUAAUAGGUGCAGGGACCGGGGGUACAGUGUGUGGUAUUGGCAGAAAAUUCAAGGAGAUAUCUCCUGAAACUAAGAUCGUCGCUGCAGAUCCGGAGGGUUCACUCCUCGCUCUUCCUUCAGAAAAAAUGAAAAGGAACAUCUUAUUGUCCAGCAACGGGAAAAGGAUGACCUAUGCUUGGAAACUGCACAAAUAUUUAUCAGAUGAUUCAGAUAGGUUUUUUUUUAGGUGGUGGGAUGUGAAAGUAACAGAACUCAAACUGGAAAAAUUGCAAACGGCAACAAUGAAUAUGAACUGCGAAAGGGUUUUGAAUAUCAUGAAAAAGUCUGGAUUUGACCAGAUACCUGUUGUUGAUAAUGGAGGAGGUAUCGUUGGUAUGCUGACUCUUCAGAACCUCAUGAACGGAUUGAUUUCUGGAAAAGCUAAAUCCAACGAAAGCAUCGAAACGUGUAUCGUGAGGAUUUAUCCCAAAGUAUAUAAGACGGCAAAUCUCGGGGUGGUAUCUAGAAUAUUGGAAAGGGAGAGUUACGUCAUCAUCUUGGAUGCACAAGGCACUGGAUCUUCGCAGGUCGAUAAACCAGUGGCGAUAGUCACCGCCAUUGAUCUUCUUCAGUUCGUUCAGAAGAAGAGCUGAUAAUCUUGUA